CAUUCAACCGUGAUCAUCAUCAUGGGCUAGAUAAAAGGGGGACUGUAAUUGUCCAUUUCCUGCUUUGAGUCUUUGUGUGCAUAUAACACAUUGUAGAAGGCAGAAGAGAAACCCCCUGCGUCAUUUCAACUUGUUAUUGACUUACAGUCCGUGCCUGUUUGAGGAAGAGGACAGCCAGGCACAUCAAUGAUCAGCUCCUCUUUGGUACUAAGUGGAUAUUCUGAGAGGGAACUAUGAGUCUGGGAUCUAAGUGUAAAGGAGUUCAGGGGUACAGUCCCAGCUCUCUGCUGAGCCCACAGGAGAAUGAGAGGCUGGAGGACCUCCUGGGGAGGAGGUGUGCUUCCCUGGCCACGGCUGUGGUGCAACUGUAUAUGGCCCUGCCACAUAGUCCCACCUGCUGGAGCCUGCAGCACACUGGGGUGGCCUGCUUCACCAAGGACAACCAUCGUCGCUCCUACUUCAUACGCUUCUUCGAUGUCAAGAAAGGACAGCUGACCUGGGAGCAGGAGCUCUAUAACCAAAUGGUCUACCACAGCCCCCGACCCUUCUUCCACGCAUUUGCUGCAGAUGACUGCCAAGUGGGGCUGAACUUUGUGAAUGAACAAGAGUCUGAAACAUUCCUACGUACAGUGGAAGACAAGAUAAACCAGAGAAACUGUCAAGUCUCAGAGAAGAAGCAGCGCCCCCUGCCUUCCACUGGAUCUGGGAGUCCCGCUUCUCCCUCUGUGGCCACCAUAGACAUUCAGAACCCAGACAUCCAGGCUUCACGCUACCGCUCCGUCACACCUGUGCCUGCUCCUGCCUUUGUCAGUAAGGGAAAAAAGGACAAGAAGAAGGACAAGAAGAAGGGCAGUAAACUCUCCAAAGCAGACAUUGGAGCACCCAGUGGGUUUACACACGUGAGUCAUGUGGGCUGGGACCCCAACAACCUGGACCCUGACCUGAAGAAGCUGCUGUCCUGUGCCGGGAUCAGUGAGGCUGAGCUGAAGGAUGAGGAGACCUCCCAACUCAUCCAACAAGUUAUCGAGAACUCAGGCGGCAUGGAAGCAGUCAAAAAGGCCAUGCACACUGAUCCUGGGCUUCCUCACCCUCCGCCUGGUAGACAGGGUUCUCUACCUCCCGUACCAGGCAGCUGUUCCUCCUCUCCUGCCCCCCCUCCUCCACGGGGGGGUCGCUCCGGCCCCCUGCCCCCUCCCCCAGGACAGGCAGGGCGAGGCCCACCCCCCUCCCAUCCCCCUCCAUCACGUGGAGCCCUGCCACCUCCACCCCCCUCAAGCGGCCGAGGCGGACUCCCACCCCCUCCACCCUCUGUGUCCUAUACUUCUCCUCCCCCUCCCCCUGGCCACCAGCGCUCCAUGCCUGUCCCUCCUCCACCUCCUCCCCCGCCUCCCCCAGCCCAGAGCUCUGGAGACUUUACUCCUCCUCCACACCGCUGUAAAGGUCCCCCACCACCUGCUCCUGCAUCUACAGGAGAAUGUGAAGGAGGUGGAAGAGGAGCUCUGCUGGACCAGAUCCGCCUGGGGAGGAAGCUCAAAAACGUCACAGACAGUCCUGAGUCACCUCCGCCUACCGAGACAGACUCAGAGGGCAUCGUAGGAGCUCUGAUGAUGGUCAUGCAGAAGAGGAGUAAAGUCAUCCACUCCUCUGAUGAAGGUGAAGAAGAAGGAGGUUAUGAUGAUGAAGAUGACGAUGAGUGGGACGACUGAUAAGUGCAUUCCAUCCUGUAUUAUUUUCCACUCUGUAACCAUGGACUCAACAGUCUGGUUGAUCCGGUUAAUCUCAUUUGUGUUGGUGUUUUUGUAUCAGUUGCUGACUGGAAGGUGACUCACGAAGAUUUACAUCAGAAGAAUGCUACAGAUAAGGAUUGUGUGAAAGUCCCAAAUGUGAGAGAAAUCAACAGAACGUAAGACAGAGAAACGAUUGAUGGGAUCACAUAUGUUUAUAUUUGUCGUUCAAACGUUUCCAGUUUAGGACUCAUGCUGAGUAUGUACAACACAUUACAGUAUGUUGCUGUACAACACAUUACAGUAUGUUGCUGUACAACACAUUACAGUAUGUUGCCGUACUACACAUUACAGUAUGUUGCUGUACUACACAUUACAGUAUGUUGCCGUAAUACACAUUAUAGUAUGUUGCUGUACUACACAUUACAGUAUGUUGCUGUACUACACAUUACAGUAUGUUGCUCAAUAUCAUUAGAAAAUAUGGUGAGGUCUUCUUCACAGUCUUCUUUAUACCUGUUCCCAUUAAAAGUGACAAUUUGAUAUUGCUGGAAUGUAGUAUUAUAAUGUAAUACAAAGAUUAUGCACACAUAGGAUUUACCGUCUUAUUCUUCUACAUGUAGAUAUUAUCUGUUUUGUUGAAAGAUCCCUCACUUCCCUUUCAAUACACCACCGUCCACGCACACAAUUCAAAGAAUACUGUAUAGCCAUGAGUCCUCAAACAAACAUAGGUCACAAAGGUGUUAGAGAGAACAAGAGAGUCACCACAAUUACAAUAUCACAUAUGGUAUUAGUAGACAAAUACACACAUACAUGUACAUCACACCAAAACAUUAUCGCUCAACAUUGAACAGCAAAAUGUACACAUUUCCAACAGAAUAAAGCGUGCAAAGGCAAAUGUUUAUCAAUUGUCUUAUAUCAUAACCAUUAAACAUUAAUAAACCAUGGAUCUAUUAUGAUCCU